AGAAAGUUUUUGAAAUCAUCAUCUGGGUGACUGUUUCCAGUUCUUUCAAUGAGAAGGAGCUACAAAAUAAAAUUGCAGAAAGGUUACAUUGUCAACUCUCUUCAUCUGCAGAUUUUACGAGCAGAGCAGAGGUAUUACAUGAAGCUUUUAUGAGGAGGAGGAACUUUGUCAUCAUCUUAGAUGAUAUUUGGAAAAGAGUAUCUUUACAAAAUGUGGGUAUUCCUGAGCCUAAUAGAAGUAAUGGGUCCAAAGUUGUGUGGACCACUCGUUUCAUGGAUGUCUGUAAUAGCAUGGAGAGCGAAAGAGAAAUUAAAGUAGAGGGUCUUACUGAUGAAGAGGCUUGGGGUUUGUUCAAGGAUAAAGUUGGCGGUGAAGAAAUUAUUUCUCAUGAAAUUGAGUCAAUUGCAAGGCAGGUAGCAGAGCAAUGUGGAGGGCUACCACUUGCCCUUAUCACUGUUGGAUGUGCUUUGAGGAAAGCAAAUGAACCACCAGUCUGGAGGAAUGCAUUGCAGCAACUCAAGACAUCAAGAGUAGAUCAGAUACGUGGUAUGGGUGAAGAAGUAUUUCAGAGUCUUAAAUUCAGCUACAGCUGGUUGAGCAGUGACACGAUUCGUGCAUGUUUCUUGUAUUGUGCUCUAUAUCCAGAGGACUAUAGAAUAUUAGUUGAUGAGCUGAUUGAGCACUGGAUGGCUGAAGGAUUGAUCAAUGAAAAGGGGAAUAUACAGACUGAUAAAGACAAAGGGCAUGCUUAUCUCAAGGAACUCAAAGAUGCAUGCAUGAUAGAGAGUGUUGAAGAUGAUAAUAAACUUGUGAGGAUGCAUGACUUGAUCAGGGAUCUAGCGAUUAAAAUCACAAGGGAAAAUCCGGAACAGCCUCUCUUCUUGGCAAAGGCUGGGUUAGGCUUGACAGAAUCACCUGAAGAGGAAGAAUGGAUUGAAAGUCUACAGAGAGUCUCAUUGAUGAAAAAUGAUAUCAAAGCAUUUGGAGGCCAGCCAAAUUGUCCCCAACUAUCUACUUUGCUGUUACAUCAUAAUUUUGGCUCUGAGGUUACUUUCUCCGACACAUUCUUCAAGCAUAUGCAUAACCUUAGAGUCCUUAACCUCUCUGAUACUAGAAUAAAAUCACUUCCUGAUUCUAUUUCUGACUUGGUGCACCUUCAAGCACUAAUCUUGACAAGUUGCGAUCAGCUCAAGCGUUUGCCUUCAGUAGCUAAGCUCCAGAAACUAAGACAGUUAGAACUUGGAGGGCUAGAAUCCCUGAAAGAACUACCCCAUGGGCUUGAAAACUUAGUAAAACUUAGACAUCUAGAUAUUUCCGAAGGAGGAUGGGGAGGUUUUCCAUCUGGAGCACUUUCAAAAAUGUCUUGUCUUGAAAUUCUUUACAUGCACAACGGCCAAUGGACAAGAGAGGGAUGGGUAAGUGGCAGAUGGAGAUUCUCAUAUCGAAGUAAUGGAGAUGCCGAAGAUACUUCAACAGUUGGGGAAUUCAUAAGCUUAAAAAAUUUGACCAGAUUUUCAGCUGAUUUCACUGAUGUCUUGACCUUCAAUAACUACAUCAACGGGGUUGAUGAAUUUGAAAUCUUGAAAAAUUUUGAUUAUUUUCUAUUUACAGUAAGUCAAAAAUAUGAUGGACAUAAUAUCGAAAGUGAGAGCAUGGAGAAAGUUAUGCUACCAUGUACUGCAAACUAUUUGGGAAUCGAUGGCUACAAUUUCAUCCAAUUGUUAGAUAUUUUUGGGUCUGAUGGUUUAAGACAAUUAAUAGAUUGUAGAAUCCAAAGGUGUAAUGAAAUGGAGUGGAUUGGAAGGGAUGGAGAAAUUGUUCUUCCUAGCAUAAAAAGGCUUAUUUUCGCAGAUCUUCACAGUUUUAAGGGCUUAUGCAAAGGAAAAACCCAUGAGGAUACCUUCAAGAACUUGACACACCUAUUUAUUGCUUAUUGUCAUAAGUUAAAAUAUUUGAUGCCAAUUGAUUUGCUGGUGAACAACCUUCAAAAUCUUGAAGAAAUUUCAAUAGUAGAGUGCGAUGAGAUGGAGGAUAUAAUUUCUGGUAAAGCUAGUGCAGAUAUGACUAUCCUUCCUAAGUUAAACAAAUUAAGUUUGUGGUACUUGCCAAGGUUGACAAGCGUUUGCCAAGGGAAAUUGGUUUGUAAUUCACUUUGUGAUAUUGUCCUAAUACAUUGUACCGAAUUGAAGAAGCUCCCUUUCUUGAUAAACAACAAGUCAUCUAUUUCUGCAAUGAUAUCAGGGAGCAAAGAAUGGUGGGAGAUCUUGACAUGGGAAGAUCCAUAUUUGAAAGAACGUCUUCAACCUUUCUUUAAGAGUUAUGAGAUGGCCUAUUAUGGCAUAAGACACAGGCAUACAAUUCUAGAUGAAUCGAUAGAACAAAUGUUCAAGAUUGCAAAGCUUAAUUUUCAAGAUGAGAAAGAUUGGUUUUCAAGAUGGAUACCUAUGCAAUGGUGGCAACCAUAUUUGAUGCCUUCAUUUUAAUUCAUAUUAUUAAUUGUAUUGGGUUGGAUCUUGUUCUAUUUGGAUGUCAUCUAAUGAAUGUUACAGUGUUUGUGACUUA